GUUUCCAGGUCACCAUUGAGGCCUGCGAGCCGCACAAACAGAAUAAGGGGGACACGGAGGUGCCCCGAGGGUUCUUGACAGACGAGGGAGGGUUGCGGGUAGACGAUUGGACGGGAGUCCCGACGGAUGGAGGCACAGAGACGAGAGAGAGACACGGACUCGCUGCGCGGGAGACUUGAGUGGUAAACUUCACCGAGGCUACGCACCGAUAGAGGUAACAAAGUGCCAGAUACGCGGGGGAACAGAGUCCGACAGAGACAGACGGGUAACACUAGAAAGAGAGAGCCAACUGGAGUGGUAGACGGACUGCGAGACAGAUUAGGUGAAAUUACUGUAUCGGGACAAGGGGCAGUGAGCGACAGAGCUGCAAACAAGAAGGCGGAGAGAAAUCCAAGGUGAAGAUUAACAACACAGAGUGACAGGAGAAGACACGCGGACGGGAAGACGAAGAAGCAGAGAGAGAGAGAGGGACACGGCGAGGCGAGGAGACGUCUCAAGUGGUCGGGCGGACAAACCACCGACGGAGGACGACCGCUCCACGUGGAACGGACAAGAGGAGAUCUCCGAGAGCGCGAGAGGAGAGCUCGAGGGGCCGGUGGUUCUGUGGAGCGAUGCGGGACGGGGUGGUGCUGCGCGCGGCGCUGGGCACAUCGGCGGUGCUCGGGCUGCUGGCGGCUGCGUUGGUGGCCGCGUGGCAGUGGGGCUGGAGGGGCGGGGUGGCGUGGGACGGAGGUGCACGCCACUUCAACUGGCACCCGCUGCUCAUGAUCCUGGGACCCGUGGUUCUCAACGGCCUCGCGAUGGUGCUCUACAGAAUCCCCUGGACACUGGGCAGCAGUAAGAUGCUGCUGAAGUGCGUCCAUGCGGGCCUGCAGACCUUCUCGUUCCUGCUCGUCGUGCUGGCGCUCGUGGCCGUGUUCGACUUCCACAACGUCAAGAACAUUCCCAACAUGUACAGCCUCCAUAGCUGGGUGGGACUCACUGCUGUUCUGCUCUUCUCUAUGCAGUGGGCUCUGGGUCUCGCCAUUUUCCUGUUCCCUGGGUCGCCUGCCUCUCUCAGGGCAUUUUCCAAACCAAUCCACGCCUACCUGGGCCUAUUCAUCUUCAUCGCAUUCCUGGCUGCUGCUCUCACGGGCAUCACAGAGAAGCUCAUUUUUUCUCUGAAGCCUGGAAACAACACGAAGGCGUAUUCCGAACUGCCGGCAGAAGGGAUGUUCGUCAACACGCUGGGCAUGCUCCUGCUGGCGUUCGGAGGCUGCGUCGUCUACAUCGUCGUACGUCCCGAGUGGCAGCGUCCACCGGAGCUGGCCGCGAGCGAGUUGGCAGGAGACGUCACCGUCUGGCCCGGUGGGGACAAUAGCAGCGAGCAGGGCACCAGCAAGCGACUGCCCUUCCGCAUCGAGGAGGAGGGCAGUCAGCGCUGCACCCUUUAGUCGAGCGCGUGAACAAGGGAACAAGGGGCGGUCAGUGCCGACGAUGUUGUUACGAAUUUUCAUUUGAAGCUUUCGUGACUGCAGGAAUCCCCAUACUCUCUGGUUCUUUCGGUAAAAGUCACGUACAUAGAAAAUCAUAAAAGAACACGACGUUUCGGUCGCAACACCACAAGCGUUCGUCCUCAGGUGAGGUUAAAUCACUCAACACCUGAUGACGGAUGCUUGUGUUGCGCCCGAAACGUCGUGUUCCUUUAUUAUUUUUUCUAUCUACGAGAUGUUGUUACGCAUCGACGCCACACCAAGUGGGUCACGAGUUGCAGUGUGGACGAGCCGGCAGUGAUGUGGUAACAUGUGGUGACAUGUGGUGACAUCGCCGUCGCGCUGCGGGAUAAAGGUACGGACAGUGAAAUCUUAUACAGGGAGAAAUGGGGAACUGGCAGACUUGCUUCGUAACUUUCCAUUUGACGGUGAGGAUCACAGUGUUGAGCGACUUAACCAAAGGGGCUGUUUUUUUUAUCCGAUGGCUUUAAAACAAAAAUUGUGAAAAAUCGUACAAAAAACAUUUUGUCCUGUUUUAGGAUACUAAACCGAGGCGUAGCAGUUUUAUAAUGUAUUAUCAUAGUGGUUAUACGAUUAGACAUUGUUAGUAGCGUUACACAGGAUUUUGUAAAACAUGCAAUGUUUAUAAUUGCAUGAUAUCAUAAGCGUUGGUUAUGUUGUAUAACUUGCACUGAAUAAAGUAGGAGAGGCAUUGCAUAACCCCAUUAGACCUUGGCUAUUUAAAAAAAAAUACCUGCUUGAUGUUUUACAAUAAUCUUUACAUUUAACAACUUGCUCUGACAUUUAGUUAACAAAACAAUGUUUCCGCGCUGGAGCACACAAGAGAUAAUACUUUUUACCAAUAUUUUACGUGAUUUGAAGCUUUCGUGAGUGCAGGAUUUCAUACUAUCUGGUUAUUUCGGUAAAGUCACGUAGAUAGAAAAAAGAAUAAAAGAACACGACGUUUCGGUCGCAGCACAAGCGUCCGUCGUCAGGUGAGAAAGAAUGAUCUGGAAAGAAGUGAUGAUCUGCUGUUGUGGCUUUAUAUAGGCACAGGGGGGAGGGGGUUGGAGCAGUUAUUUUUUUUCUACGUGACUUUACCAAAAUAACCAGAGUAUAAUAUUUAACGUACCGGUACUGAAAUUAAAAUGAAACAUUGUUGAAUGUACCAAGCUUUUUUUUACAGAUAAAAUAAAUGUUCAAUGCUUUACUUUUUUUUAAUGUUUUUUUUUGUAUCUCUUUGCUAUAUAUCCUCGAAAUAAAGCCGAACUGUGCAAAACAAUGUCACACCAAUAUGAGAAAUUCAUUGAGGGCCCAAAAAAUAGUCCAGUUGUUAGCAAAUAACUACACAUCAGCUUUCCUGCAUCAGAAUGUUGCCUGCUCUGUUCAAAUGCGAAAUUUUUUUUUAUCGGUGAAUGUGUUUUUAUACCAGUGACUUCAGCUGUGUGUGGAUUAGUUCAAUUAAUGACGUCAUUAUUUUGAUUAAAACCUUUUGAAAUGUA